AUGAAUCGUACCUUAGAUUUUUUAAAUUUGCUCCAAGAUCCUAUUGACUAUAAUCCUAACAUUUCACUUUUGAUAUUUCAAGUUCUAAUAAAGUAUAUUUAUUCGGGGAUAAUUUCCGUUGAAAAUAAUGAGAUUAGUCUUAUAAUUGAUGUUAUAAUUUCCGCUGAUGAACUUGAAUUACUUGAGCUUUAUCAACAACUUGAGGAAGUUUUGCUUUGGAAUAUAUUAGAAUGGAAAACAAAAGAUAUUGUUAAAAUUUUACAAUGUGAUAAUUUCGUUAAUUUACAUAAAGUUGAAAUAGAUUUGUUGUGUAAUAAUCCCGAAGUUAUUUUUGAAUCAGAUGAUUACUUAAAAAUGGAAGAAACUAAACUUGUUCAAUUUUUAAGAUGUGAUUAUCUUAAAUUAGAAGAAAUUAAAAUUUGGGAAUAUUUAAUUAAAUGGGAAUCAAAAAUACCAAUUCCAUAUUAA